UUGUUCCAUUCUUUCUUUGAAGAAACAUUUUCAUAUUAUUCAAUCCUUGGACUGAGUUGUCCUUACCUUAUAAAAACUAGCAUAAAUUGAGUUCUAAUUUUGGUCAUCUAUCGGUUCAUUAAUUAGUAAGUAUACUCUAACCCAUCGGCUUGUAUCCCUCAUCCUAAUUUACAUAACCUAGUUGGCGUCAAAGUUGUGUGCUGUGAAACCCUAAUCUCGGACAACAUCCUAGCUUGGUUUGUAGUUCGGAUGGCAUCUGCAUCUAGCCAGCCUCAGUUUCGAUACACACAGCCCCCAUCAAAGGUCCUCCAUUUGAGAAACUUACCAUGGGAGUGUACAGAGGAGGAGCUGAUCGAAUUGGGAAAGCCGUUUGGUAGAGUUGUGAAUACCAAGUGUAAUGUAGGAGCAAACCGAAAUCAAGCAUUUAUAGAGUUCGCAGAAUUAAAUCAAGCUAUUGCAAUGAUAUCGUACUAUGCGUCUUCCUCAGAACCAGCUCAGGUACGGGGGAAAACCGUCUACCUACAAUAUUCCAACAGGCAAGAGAUAGUGAACAACAAAACCACAGCAGAUUCAGCUGGAAAUGUGCUGUUGGUUACAAUUGAGGGGAAUGAUGCUCGCCUUGUCAGCAUUGACGUUUUACACUUGGUGUUUUCAGCUUUUGGGUUUGUGCACAAGAUUACAACAUUUGAGAAGACUGCAGGAUUCCAGGCUCUAGUGCAAUUUACUGAUGCAGAAACUGCUACUUCAGCAAAGGAUGCCCUCGAUGGAAGAAGCAUUCCCAGGUACUUGAUUCCGGAACUGGGACCAUGUACCCUUAAAAUCACAUAUUCUGCCCAUACAGAUCUGAGUGUGAAGUUUCAGAGUCAUCGUAGCAGGGACUACACCAAUUCUCUCCUUCCUGUCGCUUCCUCAGCCAUAGAUGCAAGUGGUCAGUUCAGUUUGGGUUUGGAUGGGAAGAAACUGGAACCUGAGAGUAAUGUUCUUCUCGCUUCCAUUGAGAACAUGCAGUAUGCAGUUACCUUAGAUGUCCUACACACGGUUUUCUCAGCUUUUGGUCCUGUACUAAAGAUUGCUAUGUUUGAUAAGAAUGGAGGGCUUCAGGCUCUGAUACAAUAUCAAGAUGUGCGCACAGCUGCUGCUGCGAAGGAAGCUUUGGAAGGACAUUCCAUAUAUCAAGGUGGAUAUUGCAUGCUUCACAUCUCUUACUCUCGACACACUGAUCUUAGUAUCAAGAUUAAUAACGAUCGCGGCAGAGAUUACACAAUCCCAAAUACCCCUAUGGUGAAUUCUCAACCUUCUGUCUUGGGGCAUCAGCCGCCCCAGAUAGGAGGUCCAGGUGUUCAUCCAUAUGGUGCCCCUUCCCAGUACACUCCAGCUCCAGGUGUUGCCCCGCCUCAGCAUUCUGCAGGCUGGAACUCGGGGCCCUCCACAGCACCUCCAUCAAUGCCGAUGCUGAUGCAUAGUCACCCUUACAUGCCACCUGGUAGUGUGCCUUCUCAGAUGGGUUCUGGGAUGAUGCCAAUGCAUGGACAGAAUGGCAUGCCACAUCCUACUUCGAUGCCUCCUUAUCAUCCACAAUAUCGCUAGUGUAAAACAAGCUUUCCGUACUAGGUUCAUUAAUUUUGUUGCAGAGAGGUGUUAACCAGAUGUCACAAGUCUCUUGGUCCUAACUGCAUAUCUCGCUUCUUUUUUGUCUGUCUUUGCUCUCCUUUUUUUUUUUGGGUCAAUGGAUGUUUUCAUAGCUGCUUUUAGGCUCUGCAUUGUACACUAUUCUAGUUCAUCUUUCAUAGGACGAACUAUAAUGGAGCCAAAGGCUUUUAUUUCAUGCUUAUCUUUUGAGAAACUUAUAUGCUCGCUUACUCUCUU